AGGCUAAGGCUGUGAGUGGGCGUUGCUAGCGGUGCCCGGGCAGCCGCACUGCUGUCACCGCAGCUGUCACCGCCGCUGUCACCGCCGCUUCUGCCUCUGGUUAGGAAGAUGACUGUGGGGAGGUCUGCCGGAGCACCCGAAUGCGCCGAGUGGAGCCGUGAGAUAUUUCCCCCCAAAUCCUCCUCAGACACCGAGACAGAAGAUGAGCAGGCCGGAGAAGGACUGGUUUUGCCCAGAGCCGGCAAACUCCAUGAGUUCCUCAGCCCAGAGGAGGAAACACAUUCUACUUCUGACUCCACUGGGAGCUUUUAUAGGACCUUACAGGCUGAAAAGCAGGACGGCAGGUGGAGUCUGUUGGAGUCUCCCUUUCAGUCUGACCUAGACAGUGAUCAGAAUGGCUCUGACGACGAGGAAGACUGGGGGAGUUUCUUCCAAGACAGGAGCAGGGGGAAACCACAGGUUCAGGACCCCCCACCUCUCAGGUAUGGCUCCAUGAGGCGCUGCAGCUCCAUGAGCAGCCUUCCCUCUGACAUCCCCAAGGCUCCGAUCCCGCCGACCUCAGACUCUGGGCCUCCCUCCCAGCACAGAAGUGUCUGCUCCUGGGCGUCCUCCAUCACUGUCCCUCAGCCCUUCCGCAUGACACUGCGGGAGGCCCGGAAGAAGGCCCAGUGGCUGGCCUCGCCUGCCUCCUUUGAGCUAGAGCGUCUGCAGGCCCAGAAACAGGGCCAGGAGGAGGCGGAGUGCUAUCGGCAGUUCCGGGCCCAGCCCGUGCCGGCGCAUGUCUACCUCCCGCUCUACCAGGAGAUGGUGGAGCGCAGCGAGGCACGGAGGCGAGCAGGGAUCCAGAAGAGGAAGGAGCUGCUUCUAUCCUCCUUGAAGCCCUUCAGCUUCCUUGAAAAGAAAGAACAGCAAAAGAAAGCUGCUGCCCAGACAGACUCGGCCGCAGUGGCUCAGGCCAAGGUCCCCCCGAAGAAGGCCACUAGAAGGAUCCCCAAGGCCAUUCUGGAACCAGCCCUCGGGGACAAACUCCAGGAAGCAGAGCUCCUCAGGACAAUUCGAAUCCAGAUGCGAGCCAUGGACAUGCUCCAGAUGGCCUCCUCCCCCUUCAGCACCACCAGCCACCGGGCUCCCCGCACCGCUACCCGAACCCGGGAGGAAAAACUAAGCUUCCUACAGACCAAGUUCGAAUUCCGGCCUCGGGUGAACUCCGUGGUCCCUGACUUUGAGGGCCUUUACCAGGCUUUCCAGAAAAGAGUUGCCAAGAGAAGGGAGACCCGGGAGACCACUCGAAACAAGCCCUUCCUGCUCCGGACUGCUAACCUGUGUCACACUCCAGGAUCUCGUGAUGCCGCUACUGCUGAAGGAGGCAGGACCAGAACACAGAAGUCCCCUCAGCCAGCAGCUGCCCUGCCGCCAAGGAGGCAUUCUCUGAGUGGCCUUGCUUCCUUUUCUGCCAACACCCUCCCUGUGCACAUCUCAGAUGCCACCAGGAAGAGGGAAUCUGCAGUCAGAAUGUCACUUGAAAAAAAGGACAAAGCAGACAAGAGCAUUCAGUGGUUGGAAAUGCACAGAAAGAACUGUCAAGCCAUGUCUAAAUCUGUGACCUUGCGGGCAAAGGCCAUGGAUCCCCAUAGAAGCCUGGAAGAGGUGUUCAAAGCGAAGCUUAAAGAGAACCGGAACAAUGACCGCAAAAGAACAGAAGAAUAUAAGAAAGAAUUGGAGGAAAUGAAGAGGAGAAUACAAACAAGGCCCUAUCUCUUCGAACAAGUUACCAAGGCGCUUGCCAGGAAAGAAGCAGAAGAGCGCUAUCGGGACACCCUGAGGCAGGCUGGCCUGGAGGAAGAGUUCGUGAAAACCAAGAGUCAAGGCACACAGGCUGCGCAAUACAAGGAGAACGGCAAAGCCAAGGAUUCGCCUAGCAUCCAUGAAACUAGAAAACUCAGCAUCUGAGAUUCAUGGCAGGAUUUAGAAAACUCCGGACCAGCCAGCUGACCCAAGGAGGAACUGGAAAAGCAAAAGCUUGAGCAGCUAACCAAACUGCUUGUUGAAGCAGUUCACGCAUCACUAUCACAUUUGAUCAUCAAGCUGACAACUAGGUGAGGAUUUACAAGGCUACGGCUAGGGAAUGGGAGAAAACAACACAGAAAGCGGAGGGUGGAGGGCUCCUGGCCCAAUGUUGAAGGUUCUUGCUUUCUGAUUGACACUACGGAGUAGGAAUAGAAAACAAGAUGCAGGGAGAAAACAGGUAGGAAUAAGGAAAUAGAGAUCCAGGACCUCUAGGAAACAUAUUCCCAGCAGCAGCCAAAAUCUGGCACCCUGGCAGCAGAAUAGUGUGUGUAAAAUAAAACCCAUUUCUCAGUCCACACCUGCAACCUUAUGCACAGGCCUUAUCAUUAGCAUCCGACACAGGGGCAGGUCAGUUUUUAUUGUUUGUAGGAUGUUUUUUUCACCCCUUUGCCUCUACCUAUUGUAUGCCCUGCAGCACCCCUUUGGGUUUCUGACAACCAAAACUGUUUCCAGAUAUUGCCAAAUGGCCUCUAAUAAAUGCUAUGAACUUGGUCUUCAGACUAAAGGAUAAUAGUGCAUGCCAAAAACAAAUUCAACACUGCACUAUUUGGAUAUACCAGCAUAAAGUUGAUUUUAAAUAAAACUUCUCUGAUCACUAA